CUCAUUUGAAUAAGGCACGGGACAUUGUUUUCGAUCGAUGCGGCUGCUCGCAUGGUCGGUGUUAUGCAUAUAAACCGGGCAUCGGCUUCCCGCCAUUUCGACGAUUUGGUAUUUCGUCGAACGCCAAAAUCCGGAAGCCCUCGGUUACUCAAUGUCGGAGAAGAAGGAGAGGGAAGGCGGUGGUGGAUCGCCGUCCACGGCGGCAUCGGCGGCGGAGAUAGGGGAGCCGCGCUAUAAGGGAGUGCGGCAGCGGAAAUGGGGGCGGUGGGUGACGGAGAUCCGCCUGCCCAACAGCCGCGAGCGGAUCUGGCUCGGAUCCUACGACUCCGCGGAGAAGGCUGCCCGCGCCUUCGACGCCGCCUCCGCCUGCCUCCGCGGCAGCCGCGCCCGCCUCAACUUCCCCCAAUCCCCCCCGCCCCGCAUCGCCGCCGUCCGGCCCCUCAGCUUCCAGCAAAUCCAGGCCGCCGCCGCCCUCCACGCCGCCAGCACCCCGCCUUCCCCGAUCCUCCCCCCGCGUCUCUCCAUUUCUCCGGCUUCAGACUCUCCGUCGGGGGAGUCCUCGGCGGGGAGAUCAGAGGAAGCGCUGGACUGGUCGUUCAUGGAUUCGUCAAGGGAAGCUCCGCCGGACGUGGAAUGCGUCGACUUCCCCAUCGCCAUGGACGACGGCUUCAUGUACGGCUUCGUCUCGGAGGAGCCGGAGUCGCCUCCCGCCGAUCACGGCGGCGUGGAUUCGUCUCUGUGGAGCUUCUGAAGGAAUCAGGCUUAGAGCAGACAUGCGCAUAAACCUAAAGAAUGCUUUAUUUAUUCAUUAUUACCAUUAAUUUAUUCUUAAUUAAUUCAUUUAUUACUUAUUUAUAAUAAAUAAGGAUGAGCUCCAUGGCCAGCAACUUGGCCCGGAUUCAUUCUCUCUCUCUCUUCUACUUACUAAAUAAAUUCCAAUUCUUUAAUCGUCUGCUGUUCUCUUAUACAUUGUAAUUG